GCCAUGAAUAUCCACAUUGCCUACUCUUCUCAGAUAUCUUAUAGUAUUCAAACCUGCUAUGCAGACGUAGUACACGAGUGAAAAGAGAAAGACACUCAGACGAAAGAGAGAUAGGAUGAAGUACAAUUCUUUCUUGAAAAGCCCAAAGAAGGAAGAACAAGAGGUCCCAGAUACCGUUGUUCCUCAACUCUCCAACAUCAAAGAAGAAUCCUAUGGCAAUGGAGAGAUUGAUGUCGUGGAUGAAUUGGAAGGGAUUUUUGGAAUUGAACAUGAUGAGAUGUUGUCAAAUGAUAACAUGUACAGCCAACUUGGUUGGGAUUUUAUGGACUUGGAGGAGUAUCCAGCUGCUGAAGAUGAAGAAGGAUCAGAAAUGGUUAAGUUUGGUGACAGCAGAAGCAGUUUCUUUGAGUUUGAAGAAAGCCAUUACAGUAUUGGUAAGGUUAUAAAGGAAGAGAGUAUUGGGUUUGGGGAUGGGGAUGGAGAUGGAGAUGAGAAAGGAGUGUCUUUGAACUUGAACUUGAACUUGAACUAUCAAGAGGUCUUGGAGGCAUGGUCUGAUCGUGGGCCCCUUUUGGCCGAUGAUCACUCUCUUUCCACGGCAAGCAAUGGCCAUUAUAUGGGAGAGGUGCCAGUGAUGGAAGAAGAUAGGACAAGAAGGGAAGCAAGUGUCCUUAGAUACAAAGAGAAGCGCCAGACCAGAUUGUUCUCUAAGAAGAUAAGAUAUCAAGUUCGCAAGCUCAAUGCAGAUAAAAGGCCUAGACUCAAGGGUCGAUUUGUGAAGAGAGUUACAUGAUAAGAUAAACUCGAAACGGGUUUGGGAUAUCUGAAGAAACAUCUUAAUUCUUGGGCCCUAUGUUGCUCAUGCUCUCUGCUUGUCUCAAAUGAAAAUAUCUGUAACUCCCGUAGUUCAAAAAUAUCUCUGAAGUAAUCUUUCUAAAGACUUUCCGGGCACUUUCUUUUGUAUAUCCCAUCAUGCGUGAUUGACCUGGUGUUCAUACCAUGGUUUGGUCCCUAUCUGGCUUUUAGUGAUGGACUUUUAUCAGAUCCAGCAAUCAAACAGUAAAUUGAUAGCGAAUCAGCAGGCUGGGCAGCGCAAAUUGUAGUGGUCCUUCUCCGUGUUCGUUUUCAUUUGUAAUUCUCAUUUUAAUGCUCUGGGUCUUCCAACUAUUAUGGGACCUGUAUGUCAGGAGUUGUUUUCUGGAGUGCUAGAAGGAGUUUCAGCUCAGGAAAUCUUCAAUAGGAAUGGAAUGUAACUGCCCCACGUAAAAAAGACAGGGCUGGCCUCAUCUUGCUGGCUAUACUAAUUGUUUGAACAUUA